AAAUUUUAUUUUUUAAAAAUGCCUUCUGAAUAUGGAAUUGAAACAGAUUCAGUAACUUUACAAAGAUUUGUACUGAACGAACAGCGUAAAUAUCCGGAAGCUACAGGAGAUUUGACUAAUCUACUAACUUGUCUCCUCACAGCUAUUAAGGCUAUCUCCUCAGCUGUUAGAAAGGCAGGAUUAGCACAGCUUUAUGGAGUAGCUGGGAAUGUUAAUGUACAGGGAGAGGAAGUCAAGAAACUUGAUGUGCUUAGUAAUGAGUUGAUGAUAAAUAUGUUAAAAUCUUCCUACACUGUUUGCGCUAUGGUAUCAGAGGAGGAUGAAAAUAUGAUUGAGGUGGAAGUAGGAAAGCAAGGUAAAUAUAUUGUGACAUUUGAUCCUCUCGAUGGAUCCUCAAAUAUUGACUGUCUCGUUUCGAUUGGAACGAUUUUUGGAAUUUUCCGAAAGAAUAGUGAAGGCCCAAUUCAACCUCAAGAUGUAUUGCAGCCAGGCAGAAAGAUGGUAGCCGCCGGUUAUGCUUUGUAUGGUUCUGCAACAAUGGUUGUUCUUUCGACUCCGGGACGGGUUGAUGGCUUCACCUUGGAUCCAAGCAUUGGUGAAUUCAUCCUAACAAAUCCAGCAAUGAAGGUGCCAAAGAAAGGAAAAAUUUAUAGUAUAAACGAAGGUUAUGCAAAGAAAUGGUCUAAAGGCGUUACCGAAUAUAUAUAUUCCCGUAAAUUCCCGGAAAGUGGAAAAUCUGCUUAUGGCCAGCGUUAUGUUGGCUCUAUGGUGGCCGAUGUACACCGUACUCUCCUUUACGGCGGAAUUUUUAUGUACCCAGCAACUAGUGAUGCCCAAAACGGAAAACUCCGUCUUCUAUACGAAUGCAACCCAAUGGCUUUUAUUAUGGAAAAUGCUGGAGGUUUAGCAAGCCAUGGAAAGGGCCCCAUUUUGGAUAUUCAUCCAACAACUAUUCAUCAACGUACACCAAUCUUUUUGGGUUCAAAAGAGGAUGUUGAAGAAUGUAUUGGAUUUUUACAAAAAUAUGAUUAA